UUUUAAGCUUCAACUUUGGUUUUAAAAUGCUUCUUUUUUGUAAACUAUUUGCUCUUAUAUUUUUAAUUAUUUUACCAUCUUGUUAUGCAUUAAACAAAUUCGAUCCUUAUGAGACUUUAGAAAUUGAAAGAAUGUCAACACAAGAGGAAAUACGACAAGCGUAUAGACGAUUAGUUAAAAUAUGGCAUCCCGACAAAAAUAAAGAAUUAAAUGAUGGUAAACGUUUUUUGGAUAUAAACAAGGCUUACAAGCUUUUAUCAAACACUGAAAAACGGCAAAUUUAUGACAAAACUGGAUUAACUGAAGAUCAAUUUGGAGAUGGUCAGGGUUACGAACAUUUCUUUCGAGACCAACAACAUUUUCAAUUUCAAUAUGUUCGUUGGGCUCCUCCUCGUAGACAACAAAAUGAUCUCAUUAAUUUUAUUUUUCCAUUUGUUAGCGUUUUCGGCACUCUUCUUUUUAUUUUCUUGAUUGGCUUUUUACUCAAUAAAUUUAAAAUAGAUUCGACUUCAGAACAACAUAAUCGUAGACGACAAAAUAAUGUUAAUGAGGAUUUUCAUACAAAAUCUAGUCAAAAAGAAUCAAAUGAAUGGCAUCCAGAAGACCCUAAAACGCCAUUAACAGAAGAAGAGAAGAUUCAAAGGACCCAAGCACGAAUUUGGCGUACAAUGAAUCCAUUAUUGCACGAAUUAAGAGCAGAAACUCAAUUUGGAUUAAUUCGUUUACUAAAGCCUGGAUGUAGAUCUAUAAUUAUUUUGGUAGAUGCAGAGAGCAAAGAAACACUUUUGCAACAAUUUGCUCGUCAUGUUUAUUGCCUGAGAAAUAACAAAACUUUUUCUUUUGGCUUUUUAUUAAUCCCAAAAAAUUUAAAUUGGUUUCGCUCAUUGUUAGAAUUGACAUUACCUGAAGAUGAUAAAGAACAACAAAAAGGUGAUUCAGAAAGUGUAGCAACAAUUACAACAGACACAAAUUCAAAUGAGAAUUGUUUAUUAGAAAAUAAUUUGAAUGAAAAAAUAAAAUUUGAGAAAAAUGGAAAGGAAAGCAAAGAAUUGACAAUUAAGAAUCGACUUAAGAAUAUCAAUACGAAACACACAAUUGGAACAGUUUUGGUUAUUUGUGGUUGGCGUUUAUAUUUCUCAAUUUAUCAUCCAAUGCAUAAAAUUCCAAAUCGAAAACAAACAAAUAAUAUUCAUUUAGAAGCGUUAGGAGAUGAAGAUUUGUUAGAUGAUGUUGAUGAGAAGGGAAUUAAUAAGAGAAAUUCUUUGCGGAUUAAGAAUAAAAUAAUUGCUUCUUUUGAGGAAAAUAAACAAAGUUCAACAAAUGUAGAGAAUGUUCUAAAUGGUUUUCCUAUGUUUUUGGAACGUCUUUUGGAAGGAACUGCUCGUCGCUAUUAUAUCCCUGAAUGGCCAGAAAAUCUUACUUAAAAACGAUAAAAAAUUUAGGUUUUAAAAAUAAAAAUACUCCUUUAGUCAAAAUAAUCUCUAAAAUUACUUCAAGUAGUUUAAAAAUCUCCUUUUUCAAUUUUGUAGCCAAUUUUAAAAAUUUUUGUAAUAAAUUUACAAUUUUAAAACUCCCAAGUUUUACUUUAAAUAAAUUUAACAGAAAAAAAUCAACACAAAGGGCAAUGAUACAACAAAUUUUUGAUUUAGUUUUGUGUGUAUCU